AUUGUUAUACCGUUUUCUGUCUCCGAAAUAAACGCAAUUUAGUUGGCCAUUAGCGCACACAACGCCCCCUGUAAAUAAAGCUAUAGAUCGUCGAGAUUGUGAAAAGUGGAUACGUUCAACGAUUUUGACAUUGAUAAGCGGAGCAAAGUUAAAUCAGUGACAGCUACAAUAUAAAGAAAGUUUUUUGUCAUUCGACCACAGAGUUUCAAUGAAAACACAGAACUAACAUCACAAGAAAUAGUUAACGAGAAAAAUGGAAUCGGAAAAAUUGGCUGUGUGUGAAAGCCUGAUCAAAUGGUUCAAAAUGUUGAACCUCACAGCGCCACAUUCGAAUGUAAAAGAACUAUCCGAUGGGGUUGCACUCAGCCAAGCACUACAUCAAAUUUCCAGCGAUUCUUUCGAUGAUGCCUGGUUGGCAAAAAUUAAAUUCGAAGUCGGCAGCAAUUGGCGACUGAAAGUGAGCAAUUUGAAAAAAGUGGUCGAAUCAAUUUUGGAUUACUAUGCCGAUGUGUUGUCGUUGAGCUUAUCAGACUUUCCGAAGCCUGACGUACUCAAAAUAGCCGAAAAGAACGAUCCGAUUGAACUCGGACGUUUGCUUCAAUUAAUUUUAGGAUGUGCUAUCAACUGCAGCCAGAAGCAGGAAUAUAUCACACAAAUUAUCGAAUCGGAAGAGUCGCUGCAACGGGACAUUAUGAAGGCUAUACAGGAAUUGGAAAACAUUUGGCAAGGAACAGCAGCCUCUCGGCCAUCCCUAAGUUUGUCUACUUUUGAUGGUAAGGCCUUGCAAGAUGAAAGGGACCAUCUGGCGCAAAAAUGCCAUGAAGCUGAACAACGAAUCGCCUUACUGCUGGACGAGAAGUUUACGCUGCAACAAGAGUUCAAUAAAAUGCAACGAGCCCUGGACAAGUACGAAAAUUCAACGACUUUGAUUGGUGACGAUGGCACGUCUCUGGGUCCCGCACAACCAGGCUCAGCUCGAUACACAGAACUACGGCGUCAGCACGAUGCCUUGAAAGAUGAACUAAUUCAAGCCGAAACGACUCGUGACGAUUUCAAAAUAAAGUCUCUGCAGCAGCAGAAAGAAAUCCUCGCGCUACAGACGAGGGUGGAUGAAUUGCAGCAUGCCACCUCCGAGCUGGCAGUUUUGAAAGACGAAAUUGAUGUGUUGCGUGAAGCCAGUGAAAAGCUGAAAAUAUGUGAAGCCCAGCUGGUCACUUACAAAAAGAAAUUGGAAGAUCACAACGACCUGAAGCGGCAAAUCAAAAUGUUGGAAGACCGGAGCGCUGAGUACAUUCAACAGAACGUGCAGCAGGAAGAAAAUAUCAAAAAACAUUCGACGCUGAAGAGCCAGGUGGAGUUGUACAAGAAGGAAAUCGAGGAAUUGCACGCCAAAUUGGAUGCCGAAAUGAUGAAAAGUGUGAAGGUGGAGUUCGAACUGAACAACAUCGGUGCGAAGUUUAGUGCUAUUCAACGCGAAAAGGAUACUCUUCUAGCCGAACGCGAUGCAUUGCGCGAAACAUGCGACGAACUGCAAUGCAAUCAAAUUUCGGGCGAACAGAAGAACGCGAUGAGCAGGGAGAUAAUGUCACCGAACGGAAUGAAAGAACGAAUGGAACGAUUGGAAUCGGAAAAUCGGGCCCUGCGUGAAGCUCAAGGAAAUGAAACGGUGCUGGCACAAUACAUGGACGAUUCCAACCAACGAAUGGAAAAGUUGAGAGAGCAACUGAAGGCAGCCAAUCAAAAGAUUUUAUCUUUGUCACAUGGACAGACUGACGAUACGAAAGCACAAGGCAACGAACAGAGCGAACCGAAAACUUCGACCACCGAUGAAGCUCAAAGUCACAUUGGUCAACUGCAAAGCAAAGUAAAUCAGCUGGAAACAGCUCUAUCGGCAAGGGAUCAAGAACUAGCAGCUGCGGACGCUCGAUACAGAAAGUCGGUUGAGAAAACGAAGGAAAUUAUCAAAACAAUUGAUCCCAAAGCACUAGCCGCUGAAACAAUCCUAACCGAAAAGUCGUCCGAACACGAACAUGAAACGACCCGACCAAUGGGACCGGUUGAGGAACGCCUAAUGGCAACUGCAUUUUAUCGGCUCGGUUUGGCAUGCCAUCGGGAUUCGGUCGAUGCAAAGUUGUCGCUGAUGAACGGUGCCGGACAGAGUUUUUUAACGAGACAACGACAGCCAGCUGGCCGCAAGGCUGUUGCAUACAAACCGAAGUAGUUCAGUUUCACUGGGACGACGAGAAGUAUGGGCCACUAUUUGACGUUAUUGUGCCUUACAUGCCUAGAAGACCAAGGUUCCAUUAUAUUGAACGAAUGCGACAUAUCGAAAGUGAAUAAUUUUUGGUACUGAAUUCGAAGGUGGUGUUGUGGCCGUUGAUAGUGUUUGAGAGUAUCCAAUGGGUUUAGCUUUGUGUCUAAUCCUUUAACAAGGUCCUAGCGACUUCUUGACUCUUUGUUUCUUCAAAGAGAACUUAUGUUCACUUUCCACACUGCGACAUGCAGAUCCGGAAAUUGUGUGUCUAAGGAGCAGUCAAGGCUGUUCAUUUUUUUUAAAACUAAUUGACAUUUUAGUUUCGUCUCAGACGAAUCACUUCGUAAUUGCUUUAAAUCAUAAUCGUCGCCUGAACAGUCAAUAACUACUUCACAUGACCUUUCCAAGUAGUUUUUUCUUUUCCUUUUUUUUGCGAUACCUACGUGGAUACCGGCAACUAACGAACCCGACGGAUUCAGUACAUUCUGUCACAAAAUUAAUUCUAAAUUUAGUGUCAAUUUACGUUGGAUAUUGAGUAGAUUCUUUGAACGUCCGAUUUUGCACUUUUCCACAGUUUUCUUUUUGAAUCAAACUGCAACUAUAUGUCAACAGAGAUGUUUCUAUUUUUAACAAAUUUUUUUUAAUUUAAUAUUUUAGAGCACUAAGGAAAGUAUUAAAAGUUAUUUAACGAUCUA